AAUUUCAUCAUCAUUGACUUUUACUCCUUAGCGGAAGACUGGGAUUGCCGAGAAAACAAAUGGGAUAAAACUGCUACCGGAGCAUUUUUAGCCCUGCAUAGCCUUUUCUGGGAAUGAAGAGUGGAGGGGGCACAACCACCGCAUAGACUUUUUCUCCUUUCUGAGCGGUCGCAUUUUACCACCUGGGCAACUCUUACCCGCAACGGAAUUGUCCCAAUUCCCAAAACUGCUACCAAACCCACAAAAAGAAAACUCUCAAAUACUCUCUCAUCCGACCAAUCGCCGGCGUCCACCCUCCCCGGCCGCCGGAUUGGGUUGGGCUUAGCAUUGGAUGUUACUCGGGUUCUUCACAGGUUUGUUACUCAGGUGUACAGACUGAUUGAUGCCUCCAUGGCGAUGGGGUUUCUCGCCCGACUGUGCUGCUGCUUCGUGAAGAAACUGAGGGACGGCGGCAGCGGAGGAGGAGACGAGGAUGAUGACGGCGGGCAGUCGUCGGAAUUGUUCUUCGAGCUGCGGACUCUGCAAGUUGCCACCAACUUUUUCUCGGAGGUGAACCAGCUCGGCCACGGCGGCUUCGGCCCCGUUUACAAGGGAUUGAUACCAAAUGGUCAAGAAGUGGCUGUGAAAAAGCUAUCACUGAAUUCAAGACAAGGGCUCAGAGAAUUCACUAACGAGGUGAAAUUGUUACUGAAAACUCAGCACAAGAAUUUGGUCAUGUUGUUGGGUUGUUGCGCAGAAGGACCAGAGAAGAUGCUUGUCUAUGAAUAUCUUCCAAACGGGAGUCUCGACUAUUUUCUUUUUGAUAAAAAGAAGUCUUCAUCCUUGGAUUGGUUGAGACGAUAUCGGAUAGUGACAGGUAUUGCAAGAGGUCUACUCUACCUACACGAAGAAGCUCCUGAAAGGAUUAUCCAUAGAGACAUUAAAGCUAGUAAUAUCUUGCUAGAUGGACAGUUAAAUCCCAAGAUCUCAGAUUUUGGAUUAGCUAGGCUGUUCCCUGGGGAUGAUACUCAUCUAAAUACAUUCAGAAUUUCUGGUACUCAUGGUUAUAUGGCUCCUGAAUAUGCAAUGCAUGGAUAUUUGUCUGUGAAGACGGAUGUAUUCAGUUUUGGAGUGUUGGUAUUGGAGAUUGUGAGUGGUCGAAAGAACCAUGUUAGGGAGCUUGGUGGAGAACAGGAAGACCUCUUAACCUAUGCGUGGACGCUAUUUCAAGCAGGGAAAACAUUGGACUUAGUUGAUCCGAGUCUUGCAAGAUGGAAUCAGGACGAGGCAGCGAUGUGCAUUCAGCUAGGAUUGUUAUGCUGUCAGUCAAAUGUUGCCGAUAGGCCCGAUAUGAAUUCUGUCCAUCUUAUGCUGUCAAGUGAUUCAUUUACUUUGCCUAGACCUGGGAAACCCGGAAUUCAAGGCCGUCGAGGCCGUUGGACCACUACCACCUCUUCUGCUUUCACUAAUACAAAUAGAGCUAAUAGCACCAACACCGCCGGUACCAGCGCUUCAGCAGGUAGUACUAUUGUCGAGGAUUUUUCUAAAAACUCCAUCUCCUAUUCUUCUAUAGAUGAAGGUAGAUAACCUCCUUGUAAAUAUUUCUUAAGGGGUUCUCCACGGAUUUGAUUCUUUUCCAUUUUUUUGUUCUCUAGUGCAGAUUUUCCUUUAAAAAUUCAAGUAGAACUCUCUAAUAUAAUUAUUUACUUAUCAAAAAAAUAAAAAUAAAAAAUUCAAGUAGAA